CUGCUUCUGCAGUCAGAAGCUAGGGCAAGAUCCUGCAGAGAUUUCCAGUCAGUUGGAAAGAUACAUUCUUCUGAAGGCUCAGAAGGACCCAGGGUUAUCUUAAGUACACAUCAACCUGCUAAGGACUGUGCCUACUUGGACUUUCCCAGUGUGAUUGGAGCAAUGGCAUCAACAUCCGGAGCCCUCAUACCUCAUCCAGCAUAUGCAAGAUACUGGGAACAUUAUCAUCAAGCAAUGGCUUGGAUGAGAAGCCACCGGAGGGCUUACAGAAAGGCUGUGGAGUCCUAUUUCCAUUUGCUGUGGUACUGUCCUCCCACAGCAUUUCCCUACAGCUCUUGGGCUGGCUAUCCUCAGUCCUUCUAUGGUUACUACACAGCCUGGCAGAACUCAUAUUACAAUAACUCACAGUUUGGAAGGUCUGAACAGCCUCCAUGUAAUGGCAAUCAGAUCCAGGCUUCUAUAAGUGAAGACCAAACUUGGUUUGAAGAAGAAGAGAUGGAGACAGAGUCUGAAGAUGAGAUAGUGUGCGACCUAAGCAAUAUGGAAAUCACUGAGGAACUCCGCCAGUAUUUUGCAGAGACUGAAAGGCACAGAGAAGAGCGGCGUAAGUUCAGACCUGUCCUCAGGCUUCCUUUCCUUGCCUGGAUCUCUCUUUGCCUUUUUUCUUAAUCUAAACACACAGAAUAACUUGUGUAACUCUUUGUUUGGGUACAAGUAAUAUUCUCU